UCCAUCAUCGUAGUGUAAUUAGUUAAUAGUGUUGAAGAUGUGGGGUGUUAUAGUAUUUUUCACAAUUGCUGGGACUACGGUUCUAGCCGAUCCCCGGGCCGUGUUUCCUGAAGUCGCCAGAGAAGCUAGUUCGCGUAUUGUGUCAGGAUGGCCAGCUUCGGAAGGUCAGCUGCCCUACCAACUGUCACUACGUAUGGUGACUCCAGUAGGUACUGUUGGGGGUUGCGGCGGCUCCAUCAUUAGCCGAGGGUGGGGUCUAACUGCCGCUCAUUGUACCGCCACCCGUAUUACUUUGGUGGUUCGCGCUGGUACAGUCAACCUGACCCGUCCUGGAGUCAUCUUUGAGACCAACGAGUACUACAACCAUCCCAACUUCAACAACAAUCAACCGACCGUGGUCCAGCCCAAUGACAUCGGUCUCAUCAAAUUCGGCAGAGACCUCGAAUAUUCUGAGACAAUCCAGCCCAUCAGACUCCAACGUUAUGCCGAUAGAGACCGUAACUACAACGGAAUUAGAUCCGUCGCCAGCGGUUGGGGAGCCACUUGGACACAAGGUCAAUCUGCUGAGCAUUUGAACUGGGUCUACCUGACUCUCAUCACCAACAGCAACUGUUGGGCCUCAUAUAGCUUCAGUCCCAUCAUUCAGUCCAGCACCAUCUGCGCCCGCGGAUACAACGUCACUAGUCAGUCUCCUUGCCAGGGUGACAGUGGUGGCCCACUAACAGUUGUUGAAAGUAACGGUGAGCUCACUCAGGUCGGUGUUGCAUCUUUCGUGUCAGCUACUGGUUGCCACACUGAUUUCCCUGCUGGUUUUAUCCGUCCCGGUCAUUACCACAGUUGGUUCACGCAAAUAACCGGUGAGGAUUUCCAACUACCCUUUACGACCACUACGCCAAGACCUACAACCACGACGAGCCGACCAACAACACCGGAACAAGUAUCGACAGUUACGCUGCCGGAACCUACUACUACCACCCCAGUACCAACCACUACCACACCAAUCCCAAUAACCACUACCCCAGUCCCAGAACAAGUAUCGACAGUUACGCUGCCUGAACCUACAACUCAGGCACCUACUACCACCACCCCAGUUCCAACCACCACUACCCCAGUUCCAACCACUACCACUCCAGUUCCAACUACCACCACCCCAGUUCCAACCACCACUACACCAGUCCCAACCACUACCACCCCAAUCCCAACCACCACCACCACCCCAGUUCCAACCACUACCACACCAAUUCCAACAACCACCACCCCAGUUCCAACCACUACCACCCCAGUUCCAACCACCUCAACUACCACUCAAGAGCCGCCAAUCACCGUUCAGGUUCCAACUACUACCACUUCACCAGUCCCAACCACGACUACUCAAGAGCCGCCAAUCACCAUUCAGGUCCCUACUACACCCACGACCCAGCGUCCAACUACUCGUCCUCCUAACUCGUCUGAAUCUUGUUCCUCCUCGUCAUCAUCUUCGUCGUCAUCAUCAUCAUCUUCAUCGUCUUCUUCGUCUUCAUCCUCUGAGGAAUGUUAAAUGAUCAGUAGACAUAAAUUGAUCUUUGAAAUUGGUUUCUUGCCAUAUUAAGGUGCGAACAAAUUUAUCAAAUGUUUAUUGUGAGUUUCUAAGAAAUCUUAAUAAUUGAAUGCAAAUAAACUUUAAUGAAUAAAU